UUUAUGUAAAUGAAAAAGGUAACACUUUACAGUUCAAUUAGUUAACAAACUAAAAAUGAACAAUAUUUUUACAGCAUUAAUUAAUCAUUUUAACAAACUUAUACAUUUAAAAAAAAUUGAAAGUUGUAUAUGUUAACAUUAGUUAAUGCACUGUGAACUUUCAUGAACUAACAAUGAACAAUGUGCUUUUAUCAAUUAACAUAAAUCAAUAUUAAUAAAUGCUGUCAGCAUAUUGUUCACUGAUAGUUCAUGAUACUUAAUGCAUCAUGUAAAGUGUUUCCACAAAAAUCAUCCAGUAAAUGAAGAUGUGCAUCUGUUGUCAUAUAUGUGAUUUCUGUGUGGGGUUCCAUGUAUACUGUUGUGUGGUAAUCAGUGAACUGUUGUGUGUCAGUUGUUUGGUUGUGGGUCUGUGGCUCAGACAGUGUUGAGCAGAAACACUCUCGGCGAGCCGUUGACUGUUCACAUCGGCUUCAGCACUGGACUCAUGAUGGGUGUGUAUGUGGCCGGCGGCGUCUCAGGAUUCUCAGAAGUCAUCAAUACAUCUCUCUGAAGCGACACACUGCCGAUUUAAUUUCAGAGGUGGUCACCUGAAUCCCGCCGUCUCACUAGCGAUGGUGGUUCUGGGUAAGCUGAAGAUCUGGAAGUUUCCCAUCUAUGUUCUCGCUCAGCUGCUGGGAGCGUUCGCUGGAGCGGCCGGAGUGUUUGGACUCUAUUACGAUGCGUUCAUGGAAUUCACAAAUGGAAUUCUGUCUGUGACGGGAAUCAAUGCCACAGGACACAUUUUUGCAUCGUAUCCCGGCAGACACCUCACAAUACUGGGCGGAUUUGUGGAUCAGGUCGUCUGCACAGGAAUGCUGGUUCUGUGUAUUCUGGCCAUCAUUGAUGGGAGGAACAUCGGCGCUCCUAAAGGUGUGGAGCCUCUGGCCAUCGGUCUGAUUCUUCUGGGCAUCAGUGUUUCUAUGGGCCUGAACUGCGGUUACCCUCUGAAUCCCGCACGAGAUCUCGGGCCGCGGCUCUUCACCGCUGUAGCCGGAUGGGGAAUGGAGGUGUUCAGUACUGCUGAUUACUGGUGGUGGAUUCCCGUGGCGGGACCGCUGGUGGGGGGUGUGGCUGGAGCGAUCAUCUACUUCCUGUUGAUUGAGUUGCAUCACUCCAAUCACACGGACAAAUCUCAUGAAGAACCCGAGGAAGAGGAGGAGGACGAUGAUGAAGACGAGGACAGCAGCCUGAAGGACAAAUAUGAGAUCAUCAACAUGAGCUAGAAACCAGAAACAUGAAUUUACAGAAGAUACAUGAAUGAAUCUGAAAUGAAUGUUCAAUAAAUAUUCAGUUCAAAUACCACAGAAAAUCAUUUCAACUCUUUCUGUUUGUUUUAUAAAGACAAACAAAAAAUGACUCAUAAUGGAAGUCUACUGGGGCAACACAUUGAAAUAUUAUGCAAUAUUUUACCAUUUAACGCUGAUGAACCCAGUAAUAUAAUAUACAUGAAAGGGCCUGUUUAUACAGAGAGAAAUCUACCCAGGAAUAAUGUCUGUAACACAUAACCAGACGUUCAUCUGCUGAGAAAUGUUCCACAUCAAAAGGAUGAUUAAGAGACACAUAAUGGAAUAAUAACCUGUAAGUGUUUUAACAAAAGUACAAUCUGCACAUUUGUGCUUUUAACCCUUCACUUUCCCCAAAGACGUCCAUUAUAAGUGCUUUACUGUAAACAUGAUUGAGGAAUUAAACCGUUUUUUGUGGUAAUUGACUGCAUGUUACAGAUGCUCUAGAGCUGAACUUGUACUGAACCCAGAACAUUCAAGAUCUCGCUAAUUACACUGUUGAUGUUCGAUUGAUCUCUGCUGUCAUGCUCUCGUCAGGAAAUCUGUCCAGAUGACUCGUGACACAAAAUGACCAAACAUACAGCAUCAGUCUAUCUUUAUACUGUUCAUGAAAAACCUCCAGAGACGAACACACGGCUGCAUUUCACUGUGAACAUUCAGUGUUUCUGCAGAUUUCACUACAACAUACAACACGCAACCAUUUACAUUUAAUCAUUCACAGCAACAAAACUGUCAAAAGAGCGGAAAAUGUUUUGCCACUCGACGUUCACAUUAGGGUUAGGGUUAACCUUAACCCUUUAUUUAACCUUAAUGUCAUGUACUGUUUAAUGUUCUUUCUUUAUAAAGGUUACACGUAUAGUUAGUUUUCAUGUGUUCAUGUGUUCAUGUGUGUGUAGACUUAUUCAAU